AUCUGACUUAGUUUUCAUGAGAACUAAUUUCACCAGAACUAGACUCUGACUUCUGAUCGUUCCGGAGGAGUUUGCACCGGGUUAGAGUGAUUUGGUGCAAUGCGAACACUUAAAUGCUUCAUUGUGCACGCUGCUGUCAGAUAGAUAGGCGGGAGCAGCGAACCUCCCACUCCUCCUAUUGCUAUAACAACCAGAGGGAGGGCGGUGUGACUCCACGCCACAGCAGCAGCAGCACGGCUCGGAUGCAAGUACCAGGUGUCAUCCUCCUGCAAGUAGCUGCUCGACUUGAGCUCACCGUUUCACCGAGACUGAAACUGGUCUGGGAAAACCAGUGAGCAGGAAGAGGAAGAAGAGGGGGAGGAGGGAGAGAGAGAGACAGAGAGAGAGAGAGAGAGACUGUGUUUCCCCUGUCACAGUGAUCUGAACAGUGGGGAAGCUCAGACUCGGGAUCCGCUACGUCAAAGAGAUUAGUGAAAUAACCUCUCAGGGUAGGACAGACAGACAGACAUACCUCCCCUCCUCCUGGCUGCAUGUACGGGACUGAGGAAGACACAUAGAGAUCCGGGAAAACCCUUGACGAGAAUAGAGAAGUACACUACUUUUCUCUUCUUUUUUUUGUUUUUGUUUUUUUUUUUGUCUGGCUGAAAAGAUCCUCCCGGUCGGUGGCUCAUCUUCUCUUGUCCUCCCCCCCACCUCCCCGGUGCGAAAUGGCGAAAGAAAACGGCGAUGGGUCUUGGAAAAAGCAUGUCGAUGAUAUCAAGAUGAUAUUUGACUUCAAGGAAGUCCUUGGGACGUGAGUAACAAGACAAUACAGCCUCACAGGCGACAACAAACUUUGUGUGAGCAGUCAGUGAACAAUGACACAUUGUGGCUGGUUUAACGGAAAUGGAGAGCAGACUGACAGCUGUUGAAUAUUCACAGAGAGACACGCAGGGCCUCUGAGAGGAGAUGGGAUGUAAAUAAAACACGAUUAUUAUCAGAGAGAGAGAGAGUGUGUGUGAAAAAUCCUACAGGCAUCGUUUUAACACUUCAUUCACAAACUACUGCAACCAACCAGCCUGUUUGUUAAUCUCCUCAUAGAUCACAUCGUGUAGUCUUCAGAGAGCUUUUGUGCAGGCACUCAUUUAUUGUGGUCGUUUUUGUUCCACAACUGAGACAAAGACAGCAGGGCCUAUUUGCAUACACAAAUGAUAAAAUGAGCUCUCAAAUGAAGACACCAUCUGUGAUCUGACUUUGUGUUCUUGCGCUCAGUCUCUCCCCUUCCCUCAACAGAGAAACAGAUUUGAGCUGAGAAACAUUAUGUCUGGGUUUACUUACUGUUUGUACAGUUUUACAGGGGGGCUGAUCUGCAGCUCGGUUUCAUGUGUUUUGUUGGGUGUACUUAAGGGACCACUAUAAGUUAUUCUCCUGCUCUUGGAUCACAGAGCAGACGAAUUCCAGAGUUUAUUUUGGUCCUGCUGUUAGUGCUGCUUGACUUCACAUCUUUUUCUACUUUGAAUAAGUUACGCAGCAAAAAAAAAAAAAAAAAAAAAAAAAGAGUUCUCCUGAUAAAGGAGGCCCGGUCACAGCCAAUCUCCUGAACGACUUCUUGGUGCACAGAUUGGACAUUUAGGAGAGCAUGGUUGUUAUUUUCUGCUGCUUUUUUAUCCCCUGGAGACGUUUGCGUUCUCACUACAAGAAAUCUAAUGUGAUGAUGUUUGGAUUGUUUGGAGAGUCGAGGUUUUCCUCAGACGAGCCUUCCAUUGUCGCUUACACUCAUCUCGAUUCUCCAUACAUUUCGCCACUUCGUUGCUACUCUGAGCUCCUGCAUCCUUCUUGAUUUUGUCCAUGUAUGAUAGUGUAGGACGUCCUCUUGACCGAUGCCCAUGUGUUGGUUCCCACAGCACCAAUUUGCUGGCUGGCAGUUCCCGAUGCCUUUGGUAGUGUCCUGCUAGUCUCAUUCUCCUUACAGCAAUCUUCUCGCUCACCCUUGGUAUUCUGUUGGUUACACGUGCGUUCUUGCUGAUGUUAAGCACUGCAUGCAACAUCCUGGUGUAGCACCCAUCUAGGGAUUUCUCCAGGGUUGGCUUCAGGGUCCAGCAUUCACUGCCAUAGAGGAGAACGGACUCUACUGUCUCGUAGAGGAAGCUGAGUUUAAUUUGGCAGGGGAGGUUGGAGAAGUGUGAUAGUUGUUUGGUUUUUGUAGAGGUAGAGCGGUCGUCCAAUAACCGGAAGGUUGGAGAAGUGUGAUAGUUAUUCGGUGGUCCAAUAACCGGAAGGUUGGCGGUUCAAUUCCCUUUCCUGAGUCUGUCCAUUGUGUCCUUGGGCAAGACACUUAACCCACCUUGCUCCCAGUGUGUGUCCUCCACUGGUGUAUGAUUGUUUGUGUAGAGACUGUAGGCGCAAACCAGCAGCCAUGUUUCUGUCCUUCAGGGCAACUGUGACUACUAAGGUAGUUUACCACCACCGAGGUGUGACUGUGUGAGCGAAUGAAUGAUGUAUCCAAUGUAAAGCGCUUUGAGGGUCUCUGAUAAAGCCCUAUAUGAAAUCUGAUGCAUUAAUUUUGUUAAAAAAUGUGCUGUCAAACAUGGAUGUAGACACCCUUUGGUUUGCACGUGUUUAUUCCACCCCAUUAUGUAAUAACUUCAUCGUCUCUUCUCGGUUGACUUUGUCAUCCUCUCGUUUAGUGGGACGGUGCAGCUCAGCAUGAUCCCGGACCUGUUUUUUCUUUCUAAGGAGCAUCAUCAUAAAAGUGUCUCACAGAUUGAUGAUUCAUAAAGCUCCCUCAACACUUCAGCUGUUGCUCUAAACAGUCAGACGCUCCUACCUGGAGGCAGCUCUGAUUUCCCCAAGGCCUUCAUUUAUGUGCGAAGAGCCUUUGAAUAACACCAGUGAAUCAUAGUGAUUUACCGUCCACACAAUGGCAAGGUUGGAGGAACACACACAUGUAUCCCUCGCCCACAUCUUUGGGCCCAGUGUGUCACUGUCUUGGCCCUUCUGCUACACGUUGUACAGCGUGUACUCGCCCUGAUUGAUUUUGAGUAAGUCCCAUUUACAAGUUCCUGUGUGUGUUAUUCAGGGAGUGCCUUGAUGCUCCACAGCGGGGUUCAAAACAGGCCACCUGGGACAGAAAAGCCCAGCAGCCUUGCAGCUUUACUUAAGGAUUAAAAAUGGACGAGGAAAGACUGUUGGUUGGAAAGGGAGACGUAGAUUAUCCUCCUCUUCCUUUUUUUUUUCCUGUUGCUGCUCCACCUUUCAACUGUAGGUUCCAUGUCUUGUUUCCCAAUUCGGGAUCAUCCCUUAGAUAGUUUGUUGUGCCAAAUGGGAGUCGGUCAUUUCAGCAGUUACAACAAGUCAGUACAAUGUUGAGGUGGUACUUCAGUUUAAUGUUAUUCUUAAGUUUAAUUUUACCACAAUAGCGAGGGGAACGGUGCCAGAGCAGUAGAAACUUUUCAGACACAGUAUUUGACAAACCUCCCAAGUUUAAGGAGCAGCAAUCAAAACAUUUCGAGAAGAGGUUCGUUCUUGUCAUUUGUGGUUAUUCACUGUGAGGUGAAGCAAUGUUUCUCAAGGACCAGGGUGCCGCUUUUAACAACAUGGAACCGCAUGAGAGGGUGCAGAGGCAGCCAAGGCUACACAGACAAACUAAAGACUAUGAUGAGCGCUCCAUGUGUACCCGCUUAACUACUUCACCAACAGCAAGAGAAUCUGCAAAAUUAGAGAAACAGCACAAACUUGUCAGAAAAAAACACAUCCUGUUUUAAAAAUGGUUUAAAAGUACUUUGUAGUACAUUUGUUUUUGCAUUUUUGCUGAAUUUUAACUGUCGGACUUUGAAGUGUUAGUGUAUUUAUAUACUGUAUUGUACCUAAAGACCUCAGCGAUCACACCUGUUUGAUCAGAUGAUUUUCCAAAGUUAAGUUUUUCAUCUAAAAGUUAUAGAGACACCAAUAUUCAUCUCCCUGGAUCACAAGGAUAUGCCAAUUUAAAAAAGCCGCACUCAUGAAGAUCGAAGCACAAAAAGAAAAGAUCCAAUAAUACCAUGAGGCCAGGCUGUGUGAGUUCGUGUUCGCGCCUGUGCGAAAAGUUAUGACUGAUAAGAUAUUGAUGGAGGUUCUGGAGGAGGACGCCUGCAGCAGUGACCAUAAUUCUUUGGCCACACUUCCUCCCUGUGUUUUCUUUAGGUUAGCUGUUGUUAGCUAAUGAGAUCUUCACCACUGAAGCCCGAAGUCCUCCUGCCUCACUGGCUCUUGCCUCGCGGCUAAUUUCAGACCCUUAAGCUGUUGAUACUCUGUGGAAGCAAAUUAAGUAACCUGACCACACAAGCACCUUUACAGAUCCCAGAAGAGACAGCAUUGUAAAUACACAAGGCAGGGAGAGUUGUUACUCACAGUGUGGGUUAUUGUCAUACACAGUUUAUGGUUCACCUCGACAUCAGAACCAGCUUGACUUAGAAGGAUAUGACAAUCUGAUAAUUAAUUAGCCAUUUCUAGGGUAACUACCCCUGAGAGUGUUUUUAACCUCAUUUUAUUUCUGUAUAAUUAACUUCAUGUUGCACCAGUCAAAAACUCUGUCAUGAAAUGAAACAUAGCACCAAAGUAAACCCAUCAUGACUUUAAGAUAUCAGCCAUAGAAAACAGAAUUUCUGAAUCAUAAUGUACAUGAGUCACACAAUGGUCAAAAUUUUACAAGCUAUGGCUCAGUAUCGCUGUUGGUUUGUUAUUUAUCACUAGCAGUGUGUAUGUUUGAGCCAAGAUUAGCUCAUCAGUGUUUUUUUUUGGCAAUAAAUAGUAAGAAACAGCAGCAGAGAAAUUCCAAAGAUAAUUCUGAAAUCCUACUGACAAUGGGAAAUGUACUUGUAACUUUUAGAACAUACGUUCUGACGGUACAGGGCUCAUCGUUGCAGUUCCCUCUCCCUUUUUUGUUUUGUUAACUAACGUUGAACUUACUGCUCAAAUCGUAAAAUAUAAAUAUAUCUUGGGUCAUAAAAAUCUUUCCCUACUGGAGGUGUAUCAUUGGUUGAUCUGUGAAAAUCUCUUAGUAUUGGGAACAGUUCUUCUAGUAAUUAUGAUCUCAAAUGUACUUAAAAAAGCAAAAUUGCAAGCAAACAGCCCACUGUCUAGUUUUCUUUUAGACCUAAUUUCAACCGUCUAGAUUCUGUUUAUUUUUUACUCAACAAUAUUUUUAUUAGUUUCAUACAGAUUAAUACAGAACAUCUCUUGAAAGAGCACAAGAUACAAAGGAAACAUUAAUCACAAACACCCCCUUUCCCUCAAAACCUUGUCUACUGCUGGGUAUUCCUAUUACUGUGCUUAAAUAAGGAAUCCUGGAGCUAAAACAAAAAAAAAAAGAAACAAGUAAGUGCUGGAAUUCAGGUUUUGUAGAUCUUGAAACAUAUAAGACGUUGAGAAAUAAAAGGUAAAAAGAAAAUAAGUUAAAUGAACUACUGUACGUUAAGAGAAAUACAUAUGUAGACAAGUCGCUGAAAACUGAAAAAGUCCAGAAAAGAGAUAAGAAUUUAAACUGUAUGAUCAAAAAACAUCACAGAUAUUUCAAAAAGAAAACAGCUAGAAUAGGAGAGUGGAUUCUGUAUAUUUUUAGAUGGAAUUCAGGCGUUGCACUAUAACUCAUUAUUAGAUAACUAUUUAUUUUAAAAAACAACUGUGAGUUACAUAACUGAUCUCCAAGUACUUAACCAAAAUAAUUAUGAUAGCCGUUGAGCAAAAAAUGGUCAGUGGGCUGUUAAACCUCGGUUAGCCAGCAAGUCUAAACUUGGUUUAAAUCUAGACGUCUAAAAAACUUUCAUUUUUAGACCCGUGGCAGCCUGAUUUUAGACCAUUCGUUAAGGCUACAUUUAGACGUCUAUUAGACCUCUUUUAGACCAAAAUGGCAUCAUCCGUCUGUCAACAAUUUUACACUCAACCCUCUUUUUUCCCUGUUUUUGGCCCAGCAGCCCCUUAAAGAUGUUUAGCUCUUAAUCUGCCACAUGCAGAUGCUAAUUGUUCCACUGUGUUCAUCAGCUUGUGUUUGAUGCUCCACAGAAAGUGUACUGUGAGUUUGAUACAGUUAUAGAAAGUCUAACAACAAUACUUUCUAUUUGCAUCCUUGUCAGGUAUCACUGUCAGAUAAUACUCUACUUAAGAUGUCCUCCGCUAGUCCCCACUCACAGUCCAAACACAGCUUAGCUUCAGCUGACUCAUCCAGGUCAUUUUUUGGUCAGCCAUCGCCGUUUUUUUUGUUAACUAAAAAGAAAAAUAUCCAUUUUUAAAUUGCAUGUAUAAUGAAUGAACUGCCCUCUUUCACAGAUACUAAUGUAAAGCUUCAAAUUAGAUCCUGCCUCAAUGCAUUGAUCAUUUCCUCAAACACAGUCUGUGUGUAUUGACGAGUUGGGUCCUUGAUGCAGUAAAAAUGGCAGCUAGGCAACGAGGAUGAUGGGAGUCCUUAGCUGCUCCCUCCGAGGAGACACGACCAGUUCCUACCACUGCCCUCCUGCUAUGAAAUAAUUUGUCACCAACCAUUACAACGCCGAGUUAUAUAAAGUACUAGUUGUAUGUUUAAUGUGUAGUCAUUUUCUUAUCUCCAUCUGUAUUCUUGCCCCCCUCGCUGUCGUGAAUGCCUACAGAGGCAGAGUGCCGGGUCCCCGCUGCACUUACAAAGCUGAAGUGCAGCAGUCUGCCUUGUAUCAGAGCACAGGAGGCAGUAAUCACCCUCAUUAAAAUAAUUCGGCUGCUUUCUGACAGGCUUCUCAGUGGAUCUUGACAGGUUUCUACCAAGCUUUUACCUCCAGAGUCUAAAUUUUCUAUUGUUGGUGUUGUAAGAGUGGCAUUAGCUCUCAUCAGCAUGUAACUGACCAUCUUUUAUGCAUUUUGAUCAGCAGUGUGUUGAUAACAAAGUGCAAAUUCCUGGAAAGUAGCCGCGGGUCUUGUGCGCUGUUGGGUAAUUGUUUCCUGCGUCGGAUUCUGUGACUGCUUUGUUUGAUUUUGUUCGUAUUAUUUUGGAGGGUUUUAAUCUGCAAGAUCAGAGCAAAGCUGAAAAGACAGACAACCAUUGUCGGCUAAUCGUCACCACAACAGAAAUUUUGACAAUGUUAUUAAAGAAACUCCAUCAAUCCAACCAUCACAAACGCUCUACGUUUAGAUCCAUUAAUGUAACAUUGGAAUGCAGCUGAUACUGAAAUCAGCAGACGUUGGGCUUCUCCUCUUGGUUGACAUUAGUGUUACUGUAUGAGAGUAACUUUAUGUUGGGUUUCACUGGGUUUUGGGGGUUUCUCUCUCCUCUCCUGAACUCUAAAUGUUAAGUGAGAAUGGUUAUCUCGAAAUGUCAGCCUGGCGGCCUGUUCAGGUGUUCCCUGUAUCUCACUGAAUGACAGCUGGGAUAGGCCCCAGUACUGGAUGGAUAGGUCUGUAUUUGUCAGUAUACUGGUCGCUAGAAAGUCAAUGAUAACUCGUUUAAUUCUGAUGAAAGUCAAGAGAAGGUUGUGAAUGUUUGUAUCAUUGCUUUAAAAAAGACUUAAAUGGGUAUUCCGAUCACUACCAGCUGUCUGCCAGUUAUUUAUUUAACUUUUAAUUUCAGUUUUAGAUCAGCUGAUGAGAGGAGAAAAACUCCAUAUUAAUCUGCCCAGCUGGGGUGUCCUGAUAUAGCUUUUUAAGUACAGUACAAUACCGAUAUUGUAGCCUUCAGUAUUGGCUGAUACAAACUCAUGCAUGACAAGUUUUGCACUCUGCUUCAACAUCUCUCGGACUUGAAUGAAAAAACACUGCCACACGCCGACAUCACUCCUACUCCUUGCUUUUUUGUUGGUACCUUAGUAAACACUGUUGUUGUGAUCAUGUGGGCUCUGCAUGCUGGAUCCAGGCGCUGCUAGAUAGAGGUGCUGGAACAAAGUCUGAAAUGGACUGCUUGUAUCUGAGUGCUUUCAUUGGAGAUUUUAGAUGCAGGCUGAUAUAAUCCAAUAUUAGUUUUUGUUGAUAUUGGACCCAUAUAAAAUUUGGUCCACUUUGAUCAAAACAGACCAUAUGUAUCAUUAUCACUCACUGUAUUUGUAUCAGCAUUUAGGCGACAAUUUAGUGUAUUCUUACAUUAUUGUUAUCCUACCUUUUAUUUAACAGAGAAAUCUGAAUAUUUACUUCAUCAAUUACCGUAAAGAUCUUUCUUUGAUAUGGGUGAAUAAAAGUGACUUUAUUCAGACAGUUUAGUGAAAACUGAUCAUAGUAAGAGGUCAGCAAAUGUCAAGUUAACAAAGUCACUGAGUUAACCAGUCUGUGCUUAAAGGGAUAUUCCGGCGUAAAAUGAAUUUAGGGUCAAUCACACUAUAACAACGAGUUAGACACCCCCUCAAGAGAUGAAUGUUGCAGAAUCAUUACUUUAUCAUUUCCUUGAAGUAAUAGUCAUCAUAUUAAUUGUUUUGCUCUGCAGACGCAGUAGUUCUUCUGCCUUAGCAUCUCGGUUUGAUUGCAUUUCCAUGAAGAAAUUAUCAUAAAUGUUCUUCCUUGAACUGCGUCACCCCACUGCAGUCCAUAAUGGACUGGCCUGAGGUCUCGCUACAAACAAGCGGCUGUUGAUGAAGUUAGGUGCUGUUCUGAGCAUUAUUUGUGGCUAUAGAGUGGCGGUUUGGUUGAGGUUUGUUGGAAUAUCCCUUUAAGCCUAAAUUUUAAAUGGCUGAUUAGCUCAAUAACAAACUAAGCUAACAGAAUCCCUGCUAAUAAGGUAGUCACAGGUAUGGCUAAUACCUUUAGAACAUGAGUUAAACAGCAAAUAAAGUUAGUUUAAUUUCUUUCUUCACAUACUGUGAACAUUAUUUUUCUGCAACAGUGAUCCCACCAUCUGUCCUGUGUCUGCUUGGAGCUGUUAUUGCCCCUGCUGAUAGGUGACUUUGAACACUGUGGGUUACCUUGACUGUAUCUCUCCCUGGAUUAUCAAGUCUCCUCUUUUCCAGCCCAUAUGUUGCGUAACGGGCCGAUGUAAUGCAUCUCACACGGGAUGACUCACUGUGAUUACUCAGCAAACUUUGAUAACUGCGCCACCUGUAAAUGUCAAUAAGCCAACAUCAGCUGUGAGACCCUCACCUCCGCCUACGCCAUAGGGAAAAAAAAAAAUCCACCAUUAGCAGUGUCCUGUAUGUCAUAAUCUCUUUGAGUUUGCAGCCGGAGAAAGUUAUCUCUGAUGGCUUUGCUCUGCAUCUGCAGCAUCAGCCACAGCUUUUGCAGAGAGAGCAGCCCACAUUCACAUCUCACAUUAGUCAGCCCGUUUGGCUUCCCCGCCCUGUAAGUGUAGUGGUGUUGUGUGACUCCAGAUUGUCACACACACACACACACACACACACACACACACACACACACACACACACACACACACACACACACACACACACACACACACACACACACACACACACACACACAAGCACACAGCUCAUACUGUCAUCCAAGAACUGUGAAGAGGGAGCUCUGUGUCUCUGGGAAGAAUUUAAAAUUCAACUAUUAUUAUUCAACCAGUGAGUCAGUGCGCUGGCAUGAUUGUACAGUCUGUGACACGGGGUCAGGGGCAUUUUGCAGCCAUACAAUCAUAUUUAUCUCCUGUAAUAGACUGAGAUGAGCCUCUGUAACGGUCAAAUAUAGAUGGAGCUUUGGUACAGAUCAUACCAAGGAUUACUGUAUAGAUGGAUUCAGUGUGCGAAUAGGGUAUAAUAGGGUCAAAGUGAUGAUGUUAUGAUGAAGAAUACUUGUUACAACAUUUCCAGUACUUGGCUCUUUCACUUGAUUCAUUUAUUUGACCAACAAUUCUAAGAUUGUUGAUUAAAAUAAAAAUCUUAAUUCUCAGAGAGGGAAACAUCAGAUGUUGAAACCACUUACCAAAAUAGAUGAAUGGGCUCAUCUUUGUGGUUUUUGCAUAUAUGCUGCUAAAGCUUUUGUUUGUAUUUACGCAUGUCUGUCUGUAUGUUUGUAUGUACGCAUAUAAGGUUUGUGUAUUCUGAUGCAGCAGGUGGGCAGUAGCAUCACCAUAUGCACGUCUUGCGCAGAUGUCACACUUUUUCUUUCCGGUAAAUGAAGCACUAAUAGAUUGCUUGUUAACAGAACUGCAUUAUUGAAGCAGCAUGAUUUAUACAUUCACACAGAGUGAGGGAAGUCACAGAUACGGAUACUGUCAUGUUGUCAUUCACAGGAAGUGAUACUGCUGCUCUUCAAUGUGGUGAACAGGGGGCAGAAAUGGCGCUACAUGCUCUAACCUCCCUCUAAGUGAGUUCACAGGUUUCCUGUGGUUUUCGUCAUAGUGUCUUCUGUUGCAGAGAGCAAAAAAAAGAACUACUCUCUGAAAAAGCAGAAGAAAAAAAAACAUGCAAGAGAGACCAAGACUUACUCUUGCCUCUCUGAAGUCCACACAGCUGCAAGAAUCAGUUGCAUGUGCUGAAUGAAAAUGACGCUUACUGUUCCUGAAGCAACAGCUGCGGUGGGAAGAUAGUGCUGUAACAGACCAGAGGGUAUAACACUGACUCUAUCACUUGGAUUUACGUACAGCCCCACAUUGAGAGUCAGAAACGGGUCAAAGUCAGAGGGGUAGUUCCUUCAAGCCCUCCCAGCAGUGUUUGUUAGCUGUCUGUGUGCCACACCUGGGGCCGGCUUCGUAACCAGCAGGUAGUGUGUGUAUACACAGUCUGUGUUUAUGUGUUGUGGCUCUGGCUGACCCUGCCACCUCUCCCCACUGUGUGAUGGCGGAGGAGAGGAUUAGCGUGGAUUUGAUGGCCUCGGUGGGACUUAGUGCACUGAGCGGAACUGAGUUUAGUGCCUGUUGGGAGGAACUGAUUACACUUUGAGGACAUAAUGGACCUUUUGAUUGUGGCCGCCUUGCUUUUUGUGGGGCAGAGGAUCACUUUAGGUGUGUUUCUCUGUUGUUACUUUUAUUUUUGAUAAAUGCUGAUGAUCCAACACCUAUUUAUGAUAGAAAUGAAGGGAGGCAGAGAAGGGCAGCAGGCAGCCUGGUUUUAAAAUAAUUGCUGCAAUUUGGACUUCAACGGGGAGACUAGAAGCUUCUCACAUUGUAAAACCAUUAAUGACAUUCAGUGUGGGGGGGACAGAAACUCAGACACAGUGACAAAGUAUAGCAGAGGUUACUUUGUUGUGAAUGAUAUAUCAGAGACUACCACUGCAACUCUCUGGGAGGCAUUCAAAGCCGACCUAAGAGGUUGUGUAAUUUCAUUUGAAGUCUCUUUGAAAAAAGAAAAUAAGACCAAACUAACAGAUUUAAAAACACAAAUUAAACCACUAGAUAAGAAAAACGCUCAAUCUCCCUCAUCUGUUAUGUAUAAUAAAAUCGCAGUGUUGAAAUUUGAAUAUAAUAAAAUUACAUCAGCAAAUAUUACUAAGAAGUUUCUGUAUGUCAGACAGAAAUACUUUGAAUUUAGUGACAAACCCCUAAAAUUACUAGCUUUAGAAAAAUGGAAAGUGACCAAACAAUACAUAGGAUAGAUAACCAGAACAAUGCAGUCCUUACUAGGGCUAAAGAUAUAAAUGAUAGUUUAUUAAAUUCUAUUCAAAGCUCUAAACAUUAAAAAAUACAGCAGACCCCACAUUAAUGAAAACCUUAUUAGAUAAUUUCAACCUUCCCAAAUUAAAUGAAAAAUGUGAAAUUUUGAAUUCUGAAAUAUAUAAUAAUUCACUAACAAUCACUUCUCCAUCUGCUGAUGUCUGUAAGACCAAAUGGGAUGAAGAACUUGGUUCUAUAAUCCCUGCUGACCUAUGGUAGGAGAGUUUAGAGUUUAUACUCACCUGUUCAUAAAACGCAGGACACUGUCAUGUUAAAGUCAAAAUGUACAGAAGUUGCACUACUCAAAGAAAAAGCUAUACUCCAUAUAUUCAGAUACAUUUCCAAUGUGUGGUGAAUAUUAUGCUUCAGUAGCCAAUCAUCAUCAUACCUUUGUACUUUGUCCCAGGAUUCAGGGUUUUGAGAUGGAUGUGUUUUGUAUAAUAUCCAAGGUUAUGAACACCAAAAUAGAACCAGAGUCUCUGCUCAUUAUUUUUGGCUUAUCUGAGUCCUUUAAGAGGCCGAGCAGGGCUCAACAGCGCUUUGUCUCAUACUGUCUCAUUAUAGUGAAAACAUUGUUAUUGAUGCUAUGGAAGGGUGCGAGGGCCCCUACCUUUAAGAUGUGGUUGGAUGACUAGAUUGGUAUGCUCCACUUGGAAACGAUAAGAUAUACUGUUAAAGACAAACGCUCCCAAUUCAAUAAGAUUCAGGGUCCUCUGAUAUCAUUAUUGUGAAAACUGUGGUGGUUGUGACAUUAUGAUGUAUCUAAGAGUGAAGGAUGGUCUGGGGUCAGUUUUGUUUUUCAUUUUUUUGACUACUUUUUGAUUUAUUUCUUGUUCUUAUCAUUUUAUAUAAUUGCCUUGAGUUUUGGUUCUGUAAGUGGAUAAUAUACCUGUACAAAAAUAAAAUGAGACUUAACUUUAUCAAACCAAUGUAUUUGAUACUGAUUUGCUCAAUGAAUAUUAACUUUGGAAAAAAAAAGUAUAGCCGAGGUUAUGAAGAGUAACAACCUCCUCAGUUAUUAUCAAAGCUGCAGAAAACCACAGAUUCAACACAAAUGGGACUUGACUGAGUCAUACUGUAAAUACUGACAGUGACAACAUGAAUAUUAAGUAACAUGUACAGAUACACUAUUAGUAGAUUAUAAAUACAUCUUCUUAAUGCAUUUCAAAGAAAGACAGAAAGAAACAACCUCAGGCAAAGUGAACUUACCAUCCAUAAACUAAAUAUAUGUACCUAAGUUCUUCUUGUCUAUUCACUUACAAAUCUCUGCAUGGGCUGCUAACGCUGUGGAUGAAUAAAAUAACAUAAUUAAGAGAAAAAGUCAGAAGAAAUUCACAACCACACAUGUAGAUGGAGAACUACACAUAGCUCUUAAACUGAAUAUUUUAUAAGGAAGAUGAAUUGGACUGGAGACCAUCACUUCAGAAAAAUCCAUAUUUUUUGGCCUCAGGCUAAUUUUCCAAUUUUAUUUCUCAUGUCAAGUGUUUAUCAGAGGCACGAGGUCAUCAGUGGAUGAAGGAUUAUUCAGAUCACGUAUGUUAUUUCAGUCUUACAAAUAUACACCAGGGAGUUUCAGACGAUCACUCCUUUAUUUUAUCUUUACAUGAGGCCACGCUGAGGGAGCAUGUAGGGAAAAGGUGCCUGUGAAGGUGCGUAAUGAAAACAAGACGACGGGGGAGGGAAAAAGCAAUCAUGCUGCCUCUCAGCGAGAUUUAUUAAGGUGGACUGAAUGUGGUAUCAUAGCAACAGAUAGAAAUUGCUUGAGCAGAUAUUCCCUUAAUUCUGUAUUUGUUUUUAAAAGCUCUCAGUAUGGAGGCAGAUGGUCGAAGGAGACACGCUAUCUGCCGUCCUAAAUGGGUGUUUUUAGUGGUUUUAGAAGUGUUUGCCAUGCUUUCGGCCACACACGAGCACCAAGCAGAAGGCUAUUGGCCUUAGACAGGGGCUUAACUUGACCAGAUCUGGCCACUGCACACAAACAACAUCUUGGUUAUAUUUACCAAGUGCCCCAUAUCCACUCACACAUCAUAGGUUUUUCUGUGUCAAUAUUGUCUGAGCAGAUGUCGAGCAGGGCUAACAUGUUUCCCUUUCUGUGUGACAGGGGUGCAUUUUCCGAGGUGGUGAUGGCUCGGGAAAAGGCCACGGGAAAGAUGGUGGCAAUCAAGUGCAUCCCGAAGAAAGCGUUAAAGGGGAAGGAGACAAGCAUCGAGAAUGAAAUCGCAGUACUAAGAAAGUAGGUAUCGCGUGUUUGAACCACAUGGGGAGGAUGCAGAUGAAGAGCUACAGUUCAGAGGGGUCAUCAGCGAGCUUUUGUGUGUCUCUUUCUUUAGUAAUGUUCAUAUUCACACAGCGGCCAUUUUUCCUUGUACAUCUCCCUCGGGUCUAAAACUUGACAUUAUAAUGUCAAACUGCUGUCCUCUGGUCCAUAGCAACUAAUGAACAACAAAGACAUGGAGUGAAAUUUGGAGAUAUAUUUUAAUAUAUUUACGCUUUUUAAAAAUGUUAUAUGAUAUCUUAGAAAAAGGUGUUAACAGACUGACUUUGUAAAACUCAUUUAAUAAUCCAUUAGCUUCUGUAAGACAACAGCAAGUGUUUGCCUUUUCCUCUUCCCUGUUAAAGGGAUAUUCCAGCGUAAAAUUAAUUUAGUGUCAAACACACCAUAACACCGAGUUAGACACCCCCUCGAGAGAUGAAAGCUGCUGACCGCUUGCUUCUCUAGUUAUACCAACUUUGGUAAAGACCGCACGAUAGCAAUACACAGCGGUCCCAGGAGUCAAGCGCUCAACCAAAAAGCCACGUAUAUAAAUGUUCUUCCUUGAGCUGCAUCACCCCGCUGUAGUCCGUAAUGGACUGGCCUGAGGUCUCACUACAAACAAGUGGCUGCUGGAAGAGAGUUGGUGAGUUGUGUUUGGUCUCUUUGCUAAAGAAAUUAGGCAAAGUUAAAAAGAUGUUUGGUGGCUAGUGCUAUGGCAAGGACCCAAUAUGUAAUGUUGAUGAAGUUAGGUGCUGUUCUGAGCAUUAUUUGUGGCUGUAGAGUGGCGCUUUAGUUGAGGUUUGUUUAUGGCUCCUCAGACCGCUGUGUAUUGCUAUCGUGCGGUCGUUACUAAAGUUGGUAAAACUACAGAAGCAAGCGGUCAGCAACAUUCAUCUCUUGAGGGGGUGUCUAACUCGGUGUUAUGGUGUGUUUGACCUUAACUUAAUUUUACGUCAGAAUUUCCUUUUAACAAUCUGCUACCUAGGAGGUUGCACAUCUUCUUAAACUAUUUAAGAGUUUAAUGUUCAAGUAAAGUCAACUGUAAGUUGAAUGAUACGCCAGGAUAUGAGCUCAUCUGCCUGAACUGUUAUAAAACAUAUUGUUCCAAAUGGAAAAGUUACAUUUUCCUGUUUUUUUCUUAUUGCUAUUCACAAGUGAGUUUAAUCUGUUCCUUCUAAUAAGAGUGAUAUUAUAGCAGCACUGACUUUAAAGGGGGAAAUCUCCACAGUGUGAAUAUUGCCAAUGGGACGAGGUUUGGAUGCUUAAAUAAGUCUGAGUUUAUUAGACAGCCAUUGUCAGUCUUAAGUGACUCCUUUGUCGGAUCCCAUCAAUCCACCAUUUUGGGUCUUAACAGCAUCUGCACACUCACACACAGCUACACACAUGAUAGGAUUGCUUUGACACCAGGUGACACUCCAUACUCCUUCAGGGUCUGAUGGGUAAUUCCCCUGAGAAGCUCAGUUAUCCGUCACUCUUGAAGUGAGCAUGCCAGCUGUUGGUUGGGUGUAGUUGCCUGGUUACAGUUGCUACCUUUGACUUCCUCUUUUUUCCCCCCGCACUAUCUUGAUUUCUCAUCCCUUUUUUCUCCUUUUUCCACCUCAAUCUGUUUGUCUUAAACCCUCAGCCUGCAGUCUCAUUUUUGCUGUGGACUUAGAAAAGCAAGUUUGUGAAGGUUGUUUGGUCCUCUGAGACACUUCCUCCUCUGCCACCCCCACCUUUCCUUUUCAGCCACCUGCCCUUGCGAACACACUCUGUCAUCUGCAUAUCUCCUAGCAGUAGCUUUUUUUUUUCCCUUUAAUAAUAAAACCUUGAUGGUUGGUUGCCUGGACACAGACUCCCUGCAUCUUGAUCCUUCAUAUAUCCUUUCUUUCCCUGCUGACGGGGGUUGCCGUUUCAUGACUCAUUGAGUUACAGCCCCCAAGAAUCCCCCCCUCUUCUCUCCAUUUCUCCCUCUCUCUCACGCAAACACAAAAGGUUUUCUUCGCACUUUGCGUGGUCCGUUUUUUUGACAAGUGUGAACAUACAAAUGUGCACAAACACACAAUCUAAAUGCGGGCAAUACUCAGUAACAGUAAGCAGAAAAAAUCUUUGUUUUCAGUUGGCAGGGCAUCAUCCUAACAAAAGAAAAGGCUAAUAGCUCCUCAUUAGUGGGCUGUGCUGCACUGAACAGAAGCUGACAGUAAGCAAAGUGAAUUUUCUGUUCCCUCUCUCUCUCAAGGAUAAAACAUGAGAAUAUCGUGGCUCUGGAGGACAUCUAUGAGAGCUCAAACCAUCUGUACCUCAUAAUGCAACUGUGAGUAUAUAAACCCACUAGAUUAUUAGAAAGGCCAGGUUCUGGUCAUCAAGUCAUUUUGAUAACAUGUUGUUCUUGUAAUUGCUCAAAUAAGCAUCUGUCCUGACCUUUGGGACAUUAAGUUUCUUUAUUCUAAUGUCUGAGUGGGCACAGUGAUGAUGUAAAGCUGAAGGGGAGAAAGGUGAGCGGAUGGAGCUGGAAUGCAGAGGAGAGGGGUGGGUAACGUUGAUCAGUGAGUCAAGACAGCGGAAAUAUACAGCUUUUAUACCUGUUUUCCAAAUCUUACAUCCUGGACAGACUUUGCAGGUUAGUUCAGCUUUGUAUGAAGACUGAAAAUUGAGAUGGAUCUGCUAGCAUUACUCUUAACAUACACAAAAACUUAACAGUAAGUUUUAUAUUUGGGAAAAGAGAACCAGGAGAUGACAAUGUCAGGAGAAAAAUAGAUAUUUCGAGCAAUGUUGGUGGCGGCUAGAAAGGCCAUCGCUGAGUAAAAACAGAUGCACCAAAAAUAGAGGAUUGGGUAGAGGUAAUUAUCGAUAUAUGUAGAGUGGAGAAGCUGACUUUUUCAUCUAGACUAAAAUCAGAUACUUUUAAAAACUACUGGAAAAACUGGGUUAAUUUUGUGUCUCAAUUGAAAGCAGUCUUUGUGCUGUUAGGGAUAGUGAUGGGCACGGCAGUUGUUGUAGAUGUACUGAAUUGCUAGAAUCAGUUCAAUAAAAAGAUUUCUUCAAAAGAUUCGUUCACCGAAUCACUGAAUCAUUCAGCGCUUGGUGGGAGGAGCCUGCAACUCCGACUUCCUACACAGCUGAACGGUUCAGGAUUCAGUUCAAUUCACGGCUUCUGGGACCGUUAGACAUGAGUGUUGUGGCUGUGUUGUUUUGAAAAACAGGUUUGUAAAAAUGAACUUGUUUAUAAAUCAUGAUGUGUUAAGUAUACUGCCCAAUGGUAUGCUAGUUGUCUACUCGGUAAAUUGGGCUCAGUGAGUGAUUCAUUCACUGAACAUUUACCCCCACAGUCCAUUCAGUGAAGAGUUUACCCUGAACAUGCACAGUUCCCUCGCAAAUCGCCUCAAUGACAGGAUCUGUCACACAUUUCUCAAACUGCAGGUUUUAUACACUACUUGUUACAUGCUGUGUCCUACUAAAUCUGUUAGAACAAUGGGGUACAGUGGCCAUAUAAGUGUAUCUCUCAAACAAAAAUGAUUCCAGAGAGUGAAGUUCACUGCAUGAUUCGUUCACUUAGUGAUUCAGGCUUCGGCGCGUGCAGUCCCUCGCUCGCCGGCUGCUCACCUGAAGUGAGAAACGAGCAAAUCACUUGACGAAGUGAUUCAGUUCAGUAUGUUCACUUAAAAGAUUUGGUUCUUUUGAAAGAAUCAUUCGCGAACGACACAACACUAGUUAGGGCAUUGUGUAUUGUAGAUUAUUGAUUCAGGCUACAAACUUGUUCAUUGUUCAUUUGUUUAUUAUGUUUAACCUCCAACAGGAGAAAAGGGACAAUACAAGAGAGAUGUGAAAAAAGGACAUGAGGGAAAAGUGUUUAAUUUUACUUCACAGUUAUUCGACUUUAACUUCACUUGAAAACUUAUGUCUAACCAUGUCUCUGCUUCGCGAUGGAGAGGUAUGCAAAUAUUCUAUACAGUUGGAAAUUUGUUCAAUAGAUGUUAAAUGUUGAUGGAAUAUUGAUAUGUGAAAUCAAUGAAGAAGAAAAUAAUAAUAAUAAUAAUAAUAAAAAACUUAACAGUGAAAAGGGGCUGAGGUGAAUGCAGUUUCUCCCAGGAACAAGCUAGUGCCAGUACACCUCAAUGGAAUCGCAUUGGACCUUAUAUUAGAAUCAUAUAUAUCUGCAUUUUUAUUAAUUUAUACAUUAUUUUUGAGCUUUGCCCCUUUAUUCAGAAAGGACAGGACAGCAGACAGAGUAGGAAACAGGGAGGGAGCGCAGGGAGUGACCUGUGAGGAGGGAGCUGCAGGUUGAUGUCAGGCCCUAUGACCUAACCAGCUGUUUGUCUCUGUCCCCAUUUACUGAGCUAAGAUUCACUUACUAUAUCAAUCUUCCUGUCUAUUCUAAGAGAGAACGGGGAUGAGCUCUCACAGCUUAAUCUUCAGAUUACGUUGAAGCUGUCACACCUGGUAAUUCCAUUAAUACGGCGAUACUUAACAGUGACUUUCCAUGAGGUAUUUCGAGCUGUAAAAGCUUGCCUCAGGAAAUUAAUGUAGAAAAGUUCAAGUGAGAUGUUCAGUCGGUGUUUGUGGUGUAGGUGCUAAUGCUUUUUUUCCUGUGUGACAUAUGACAGCAUGAUUCGAGAGACCUUUCCCCUCACAGCAACAUUUCACAGUGUUUGUGAACAAUGCCACAGCAAUUUAGGCUGCAAUUACCUGCCCCCCCCUUGUACCUCUGCAAGGGGCCUUAAUGUUGCCUGUAAGUCCCACUCAAAUAAAAUGUUGAGUGCUAUUUGUCUGGAAGAGCAAGAACAUGUUGAUUAUCCAUGCCAAACUUAAUAUGAGCCACUUGUUCUGACUUUGACUUUUAUAAAAAAUGAUUCAAAGCUGUUGAGAAUAAUUGAUGGUAAAUGAGCUGCUGACUGACGGUGCGAGGCUUCAUCAUGUGUUAACUGGUGAGCCGCAAAGUACUUCGAGUAAAAUAAAAUAAACACUCAACAACUGCAUUUGGAAAUAAAAAAAAAGUUUUCGAGUAUUACAAAGUGAAGCACCAGCAGCUUCAAGGUUAUUUUUUAAAGUAUAAUCAAACUUUUAAACAAUUCAAAUAAAUAAAAACAAGAGAAACUUUUAUGUAGCACUGUUUACAAUUGGUAUCAUGCUUUAAAAUAAAUAAUUAGGCUAUUAUUUAUUUUUUCACCUUUAAAAAAACAUGGGAUCAUUUUAAUUUGGAAACAUAUAUUUCCGCACAGAAUUAAGUUAGGGUCAAACACACCGUAACACAAACUAAACACAACUUACUGUCUCUCUUCCAGCAGCCACUCGUUUGUAGCACGACCUCGGGCCAGUUCAUUACGGACACUCGAGGUCUCACUACAAACAAGCGGCUGCUGGAAGAGAGUAGGUGAAGAGUGUUUAGUCUCUUUGAUAAAGAAAUUAGGUAAAGUUAAAAAGAUGUUUGGUGGCUAGUACUAUGGCUGGGACCCUAUAUGUACUGUUGAUGAAGUUAGGUGCUGUUCUGAGCAUUAUUUGUGGCUAUAGAAUGGCGGUUUAGGUUGAGGUUUGUUUAUGGCUCCUGAGACCACUUUGUAUUGCUAUCCUGCGGUCGUUACUAAAGUUGGUAUAACUAGAGAACUUAAUUUUGUGCGGAAAUAUCCCUUUAAAUGUUUCCAAAUUAUAUCCCUUUACGUUCUUCAAACUCAAAUAAGUAAAAGGAAAAAAAAUGUACAUGCAUGCUGUUCCUAAAAUAAUAUUUUCUCAGGGUAUCUGGAGGUGAGCUGUUCGACCGCAUCGUAGAGAAAGGUUUCUACACAGAGAUGGACGCCAGUCGGCUCAUUCGACAGGUCCUGGAUGCCGUCAACUACCUGCACACCAUGGGCAUAGUGCACAGAGACCUGAAGGUAAUAUUAUAUUCAUAGUUCGAACAUUGUUUGCCACAUAGUCCUCUGACUACGUUGUUCAAAGGUUAUAAAAGGUUUGCCAAAGACGCUUUGGACUUUUCGGUCUUACUGCGGGGGGAAUUCCUGCCAUUUAACCUGUGGGUGUGUGUGUGACAUUAUGUUCGUGCUUUGUGAGGUUAACCCUCAAAGGUUAGGUGUCAGAGGUUUUCCUUCCUGGUUUGACUAAAGAGUAAUGAGUAAAACUGCUCUGCGUACUACAUACUGUAUACUGAUAUACAUGCAUCAUUUUCUUGUUUUUGAGAUGCAUUUUGAUUAUUUUAACCCUGACACCAUCUGCUUUCAGUUCUACAUUUUUUACUCUCUGUGCCACACCUGACAUUUCAGACCAUCAGGACACAACAGCUUUGCAAAAUCUCUGCAUUUGUUUUUUGAAGUGUUGAAAGCGUUUUGCCUUGUCUUCCUAAGUGGGGGAAAUCCCUGUUGUGUAAAAUGUGUGGGGGGUGAUCCUCAGCAAGCUGUCACGUGAUAACCCUCAGAGGUUAAGUGUCAGGGAUUUUCUUUUGCUGUAAAACCUUUGAAGCCUUUUUGGUGAGCUGUUAACACUCCCUGACUCAAAAGAUGAAUCCAGGGGAUUUUGUUCCAGAUUUUGUCAGAGUGAGAUUUUAAUCUUGAGCAAAUGAAGAAAAAAAACGCGCAGACAUGCUUUGUUUUUACUCUGCUUUUAUUUCUAGCCGGAGAACCUGCUGUACUUCAGUCCACAUGAUGAAUCAAAGAUCAUGAUCAGUGACUUUGGCUUGUCAAAGAUGGAGGGAACAGGUGAUGUCAUGGCCACCGCCUGUGGGACUCCAGGAUACGUGGGUGAGGAUGCCCUCUGAGAUCUUUCCAGCUUUGUGGAAACUUACUCUGAGAUAAUUAGAUUCACUAGUUGGCUAAACAUGAUGAUCUAAUCUAAUCUGCUGGUAGCCACAGGAUAAGUUUAGCCAUCUGCUGCAGGCAAACCACCAAACAUUCACAUUCAUCUCGAGCUAUGUUUGUGAGGAACGAUGACAAAAAUGUUUGUAUUGUAUUGCUUAGUGAAUCAAAGUUUUUCUGAUCAUUAAAAUUGUGAUUUUAUUUUCCCAGCUCCUGAGGUUUUAGCCCAGAAGCCUUAUAGUAAGGCAGUGGACUGCUGGUCCAUUGGUGUCAUCGCUUAUAUUCUGUAAGUGCUCACUUUUAAUCAUGAAUAUCAUCAGUAUCUGUGGAGGUUAUUUUUGAUUUUUGACCGUUAUUUGUGUCUGUUUCUUAGAGGCCCUCAUUCAGAUAAUAAAACACUAGGCAAAGACACAAAAAAUGAAGUCCUAGAUUUACUUAAAAUAUCAUCUGAAUUAUAAGAGGAUAAAAAAUCAUCAGUCUGGGGCCAACUGAAGAAGCUUUUGGAGUGUCCAUUUUAGUGCUGAGAUUGUGCACAGCAAAGCUCAGUUGUAGUUAUACCUCUAUAUUUGACAAUGAGUAACACAACGUGGUAAUGUAGGUGUCCCAAUGUGUGAUUUCACACAAUAUCAGUGCGUUGUGGAAGCACGAGAGGGCCGACGUGUGAACAACGCACAGCACACACAGCUCUUCUCCGUUCAGCAUUUACAGUGGUGAUGGUUCGCCUUUGUUUUGCCUUUGUUGCCGACUUAGUGUGAGGUAAGGUGUAACAGAGGCGUAUGUUUUGAUAUCUUGAACAGGCAAUACAAGAAGAGCUCGAAAUAAUACAUAUAUGUAACGAUACAAGGACGAAAAAUUACGUGAAAGAACAAGUCCAAGGGAAGAAAUCAGGACCUCAAACACAAAUUUAAAACAAUUUUAACCGGCAAUUGAUCUGAUUCCGGCAAAGAUUGCGGUGUUUUGGACAAACACAGCUACAGUAAAGUCAAAAAACUUCAUGAUGUUGUGUAAUAGAUGUAGGUGUUUAACUCAUUAGUAAAGAAAAAAAAAUCGGUGUACAGGUGUGGGUAGUGAUUUCUGAAAAUAAGUGUAAUCCUGCUGCUUUCUGACAGUGAAAUCUGUCUCCCAGUCACUCAUUAUUGCUGUAGGAAAUGUGGAAAAGGCUGUCUCAUCUGACACCUACUCCUUCACAGUGGUUACAUAUAUUAAAAUGUACAAUACUGUCAGUCUUUCAGUUGAUCUUGUUUACUUUCUAUCAGUCAUAAAGAGGCCCCGCUCUUGAUUUUUGUCUGAACCCCUCAAAAGGGCUUCAAAGCUCAUUUGAUCACUGUGAAACUAAGACUGUAUCGACACUGAUUGUUGUUUAUAUUUUCCUCCAUAUAGAAUAAAAAUAGGCUGUCCUAUCCUCGUUUUUUACACUCUUAGCGCUCGUGUAGUUGGAUAAUCCCUCUGACCCAUCUCCUGUUGCAUGCUGUAUGAAAAAAUCCGACUGCCUGUGAAUGAGAUUAGGCCGCAGCAAAUCCUUUUUAGAUUUGGGUUAAAAUUUCUAACAGCAGCUGGAUGAGUGAGCUCACAUGGAUUGUUGUUGUGUAAUCACCCAUCCUUUGACUCCUCAGGCUGUGCGGUUAUCCACCUUUCUACGACGAGAAUGACUCCAAGCUCUUUGAACAGAUUCUCAAGGCAGACUAUGAGUUUGACGCACCGUACUGGGAUGACAUAUCAGACUCUGGUGAGCUAUGACACUUAUGUUUCUUUCAUUAUAUGGGUGUGGAUAAAAGACCUUAAUUUUUUUCUUAUUUUCUAUGAGGUGGUUGAUGUGCAGAGCCACAAAACCUGACAAAGGCAGUGCAAAGUUCUGAUAUGGGUCAAAAAUACAAUAAAGAAUACAAGAAGUUGGUUUCCUUUAUGGUGUAAAUUGGAGGUUGAAUAAAAUUAUGGCGUUUAUAUAUUUCCUACAGAGAACCAAUAAUUGUUUGUUUUACAUUCAGUCAGUUUAGCAACAUUAUUUAUAUUUAAAUUGGAUGUUUUUUAUGUCUCUCUGUAUCUCCUAUUGUUAUUUUUGGAUGUCAGUGUUUCUUGGCGCAUUAAAACUUUAAUUGAAUCCUUCUCCCAACACAACAGUUGAUAUUUUACCCAUCAUGCUAAAAAUGUUCCCUACAGAUAAAUUAGGAAACUGGAACACUCCUCACCAUCUAGUGGAUUAUUUAGUGAGAAGUAAUUGAAUUGGAAAGUAGCCCAAGUGUCUAAAAUAAGAGCUGGAAUCAAGGAUGAUUAGCCGCUUAGCUAGCUUACCUGAAAACACCGUUAGCUUACUACACCGAGUGCCAACGUUUCUAACUAUAGUUACGACCAGGUUAGCAGGAGAAGUGAGCAGAGACUGAUUCAAACACAUGAGGACUCUCUGCGAUAUCAACCCUUGAUUUCUAAAAAGGUGUUUUGAAGCCAGAAGAUGGCGGUAAUGGCCAUGGUAGAAAUGAUGUCUCACUGUCACUUUCGGUCAGUCUACAAACAGGAAAAGAGGUGAUGCUGAGGCAGGCUUUAAGCAUCCCGGAAACAGCUAUAGCUGCCGGCCUGUAAGUCAGGUCAGCCACGCCCCAAGUUUUAAAUGUGUACAUAAGCCUCUAAAUAGCCUUGACAAAAUCAAACCAGCCCUGUACAAUAUGUACAAAUAAAAAAGUGUUUUUUUCAACCAGGUGUAGAAAUGUGUUUUCCUGCUGUAAGGUAACUAAGGUGGAUGUUAAUGGGGCUUCCUGGGCUUUUAGAGUCACCCUCAAGUGGACAGUCAAGGACCUGCAGUUCAUUAUUUUUUUUAUUUAACUUAAUUUUUAUUAAAUUUUUAACCACAGUUAUACAGUGUAUACAUCUCAAUACAAUACAUUUCUUUUCCUUUUUCCAGCUGUAUGUGUAUUUUUUACAAACAUCCACAGAUAAUGUAGGAUGAAAUCAAAGAGGAUAAUCAUAGUAAUCAUCGCAAAUAAACAAUGUCCACUCCAAAGUACAGAUUUAUAGGCACAAAUUCUAGUCAGAGGCAGGAUGGAUAGGAUAUGGAUAGGAACUUAAACCGUUAACAUAAACUUUCAUUGCAUCAAUAAAGGUACCACAAGUUCCCAUCUUUCAAUAAAGGAGGCCCUCCGAUGCCUGAGUGAAAAUGUGUUCUGCUCCAUUUUAUAAAUAUCCCAUACUCUUUGAAUCCAGAUAUUGUCUGAGGGAGGUUCUGGUUUCAACCAUCUGAUGGUUACAGACUUCAGGGCUGCAGUCAAUAAUAUGUACAAGAUGUAUUUUUCUGACCUCCUGUCCAAACCUUCAGUCAUUACUCCCAGUAUUGCAACCUUGAUGUCUUGCAGGAUAUUCAUUUUAAAAACCUCCUUCAGGGUGUUGAAAACUUGACCUGCAGUUCUAAGCACGUCUACACUUGCUGCUUUUUUCUGCAUUUAUUGUCAUGACAUAGAGCAGGUUAAUGCUAACCAAGGUAGCAAGUUUAUACUGAAGAAGUAUGGAUGCAAAAGUACGGUGCUUAUUAAUGACUAUACUAGAGGUAGACCUUUUUGUAGUUAUUUGGCUUGGUGUACCUUUCCAUGUUGUGUACCUGUUUGGGAAAACCUUUUGUUUUGACUAAAGUUUUAGCUUUUUACUGCCUUUUGUUGGUUAAAAAGGCAUUUUGUACAACUUUUACCUGAUCCAACAUCUUGUUUAAAACUUAUCACUGUGUCCUAACCCCAAAUUUUCUUUUUUCACCAGAUACAAUACAUUUAUUUCAACAACUCCUUUAGAGAAAAUGUUCACUUCUAUAAAUCAUAGAAGACUUUUACUGUAUUAGAGUCAUAGACUGUAUAUAGAAUGGACAGAGUCUGCCUCCUCGCUGGGUGAAGCCACUCCGACACAGCACUUACCAAUCAGAGGCUAGAAACUCAAAGUCAAUGUAAAUGAACCUCAGAAACACAUUCUGCAUAAUCUGCUCACCCUCACAAGCAGCUGUAGAGAAAAGAAUUUAAACUUGUAAAUAUGUAAAUAUAAACCUGUCAACACUUUGUGAAUAGUUCCCUGUAUGAAUUCUAUAAACACAUUUUUUUAACUGUAAUAGUUAACAGAAAUAUCUGAAUUGACUUCACUAUUAAAGCUUACAUACGUGUAUUUGAUCCUUUCCAUUCCCUUCAUAGCCAAAGACUUCAUCAGCUGCCUCAUGGAGAAAGACCCGGAGAAGAGGUUCACAUGUGACCAGGCUCUUGACCACCCUUGGUGAGAAAACUUACCUUUGUUUCCCAACCAGACAAUCAGAGGGAAACCACACAUCUUGGUGCGAUAAAACAGCAGUAUGACGCAGAUUGCCAGGCUUACACAUUUGUCAUGGAGAGCAUGUCCUCCCACUGUCAUCUGUCGCCAUGGCUCCAAGCCGCGAUCCCACCUCUGCACGGCAGCGCCAGCCCUCAGAGAGAAAUCUGUUGAAUAAAUGGCUGCCAAUUAGUGGCUGGGGUCCUGAAGGAUGCUUGAAGAAUGUGGGAGCUUUAAUGAACAAUUAGGAUGUCUUCCCAGGCCUGAGCCAGAGCGAACAAGAACGAGCUGGCGUAGGCUGCUGUCUCCGGCUGAGGUGGCCAAUAUGAAUAGGUCUGUUAGUCAGUAAUGGGUCUUUUGGGUCCUCGGCAGGUGGUCGCUCUAAUACAAAUAUGUGGGUUUGUGACACCGGUAACAGGUAUCAUAACUGAGAGAAAUGGCCUCCAUUGACAAGGUUUCAGACUCAGAAAUGAAGAUGAAUGUGACAGAAAGUGAGGAAGCAAAAAAAAAAAAAAAAAACAUAUCACCCCAUCAAUCACAGAUAAAGAAAUAGAUAAAUAAUCUGAGUGAAUGAGAAAACAGCAUGAGGAUGACUAACAGUUCCAACACAUACAAAUAUUUUUUCAUCCAGUUGAUACUGUGAUUGUGUGUGUUUGAAUUUGCUUCAUCUAAAAGGGAUCUACUUUAAUUUUCAGGAUUGCUGGAGACACGGCUCUCUGCAAGAACAUACAUGAGUCAGUCAGUCGGCAAAUGCGGAAAAACUUUGCCAAAAGCAAAUGGAGGGUGAGCACACGGCACUUCAUCUUUCGUGGUUAUCGAAUCAUAUUUAAAACAUAAUAUUCUUGAUUUUUUUGUACUGCUAAAUAUACAGUACAUUUCCUUCUCCAGAGAUUUGUCUUUGUUGUCACAUUGUUGUAUCUGUUUGCACCUGCUCCUCACAGCAAGCGUUUAAUGCGACGGCCGUGAUCCGCCAUAUGAGGCGCCUGCAGCUGGGCACAAGCUUUGGCAGCAGCAUUCAAAGCAACAACACCAUGUCUAACCCUCAGAGCCGCAACCCAUCCAAGAGCCAGUCCGUGGACUGUGCCCCGCUCUCCCUGAAGGACUGUGAGUGACCCUUCAGAUGCCCUCCGCAGACAAAAACAUCUUUUAACUUUCCGUCCAGUUGAGCUCUGUUUACUCUGCUGAAGCCUCUAUUUUGCUAAUGCUUGAAAAGCCCCUCAGGUGUUAUUUUCUGUUAAACAGACUGAAGCGAGUUUGACAUUGAGAUGUGUUGUCAUGACCUGGUGUCAAACUCUUGUGCUGUUUGAUGAAACUUGAGAUUGUGUUGAAAUUUGAGGUCGUUUGUGACAUCUCUAUUUUAGUUACUAACUUCUUUCCUCAGCUCAUAAAUAAGUUUUAUAAAGCACAUGACAUGGUUUCAGUAACAGAUAGUAACUUACAUUGUAUUUCUUUACAGUCUCAUAUUUUUACUCCUUUUAUAUUUUGUUUUCUACAAAUAAAAAUAAAGGAUAAGUCUAAUUUAAUGUCACUUUUACUGCAAAUUCAUCCCCACAAAAACAUUGAGACUUACAUCAUUGGUCACUAAAACAUGUUGAAAAGUCACUCUGUUGCACUGAGUGAAGUAGUUCUCUGAUCUGUGUUUUAUCAAGUAGAUCUCACACACAUACGACCCUGCUUCAAAUACUUUAUUUCUCAUUGAUUCACCAUAUUUACAAAGUGGCUGUGUUCAUACUGCAUCAUUCUCUCUAAGAUCGUCUGCUGUAAUAAUGUUGUCCUUUGCUGUUUCAUGUUUGCUAAUAAUAUGAAGAUAAAAAAUACAAAAUUUGAUAAUCAGGAAGAAAUCUGAAACAUUUUUAUGUUCGUUUUUUCAAGCUAGCAAAUCCAUUUUCCACCUCUGCUCCUCCAUGCUGUUAGCUAACUCCAGUAUUCAAAUUCCUAGGUCAAAGAAAGUUGAUAGUGUUAUAAAGUACAACAGGAAUAGUACAAGUGAUGUUGGCUAAAUAUCACUUAUGCUCAGGUAGUUAAAGGGAUAUUCCGGCGUAAAAUUAAUUUAGGAGAGAUGAAUGUUGCCGACCGCUUGCUUCUCUAGUUUUACCAACUUUAGUAACGACCGCACGAUAGCAAUACACAGCGGUCUGAGGAGCCAUAAACAAACCUCAACCAAAACAUCACUCUAUAGCCACAAAUAAUACUGAGAACAACACCUAACUUCAUCAACAGUACAUAUAGGGUCCUAGCCAUAGUACUAGCCACCAAACAUCUUUUUAACUUUGCCUAAUUUCUUCAGUAAAGAGACCAAACACAACUCACCUACUCUCAUCAAGCAGCCGCUUGUUUGUGGCUAGAACUCAGGCCAGUCCAUUACGGACUACAGCGGGGUGACACAGCUCAAGGAAGAACAUUUAUGAUCAUUUAUGAUUGGUGGUUUGUUUAUGGCUCCUGGGACCGCUGUGUAUUGCUAUCUGCGGUUGUUACUAAAGUUGGUAUAACUAGAAAAGCAAUCGGUCGGCAACAUUCAUCUCUCGAGGGGGUGUUCAACUUGGUUUACAGUGUGUUUGACCCUAAAUUAAUUUUACACCGGAAUAUCCCUUUGAAUGUCUAAUCUUGAAAUCACGUGAAGAUGGAGAAUAUUAUUAAGGAGGUGGGUCAAAGGAUGCAUUAUCAAGCUGUUAGACCGCCUGAUAAGUUGGCCUUUUUCCUUGGGAUAUGUUUGAUGUGGACAACCUUAACUUGUGUUUUUCUUUUUUACACAGGUCCUUCAAUCCCUCCCUUGUCCUCUACUGUAAAAGUUUACAAUCAGGACUCUGACACUUCCUCUCCUAUAAGCGAGGAGCCAUCAGUGGUGGCUGAACCACCAAGACCACGCCCCUCCACUGUCACUGUCAUCCACACUGGGACUAAAUGACGCCAGGUUCCGCGGGAGGUAAGCUGGGAGACCACAGAGCUUUAAGACGGGGAUCAAAACCUUCCCAGGCCUUGUGACUCAAAGUUGUCGCCCAGUUUGCUCAUCCCGCAACCUCCCACCUGUUUCUGCCAACCAGGGGAGGAAUUUGAGGAGCGUUGGUUCAGCUCCAUUUAUGUUGGCUCAGCACGGCACCGUUCUGCAGCCUUCUUUGUCACAGAGACGUGGUAGUUCUGAGGAGAGGGUGCUCACCACAGGAAGUUGUUAUGGAGUCGUGGUUUAGCCUGGAUCUUGGAUCUCUUGGAGGAUAAACCUGCAGCUGGUCUUGGAAGUGCCACAGGAAGGAACUCAUCGUUAAAGCUGCUAUCAUUUUUGACCGUGAGCGUCUUGAUACAUGACGCUCCGCUGUUUGCCUUGUGUAAAUAUCCUGCCUGGAACUGUUGAGUGGAGUCAUGUUAUGCAAGUGAAAUUUACAGUGAGCUUCAAGCUGUGGUGAAUAAUUAUGACAUCAUCUGCACUUGUUUUGACAGCUCUUGUUAAUUUGCCGUGGUGUUUGCUCCAAUGGUUCCACAGGGUCUUAACUCCCAGCAGUGACAGUGUGUGUUAUCUCUUUGCUUUAUAGUGUGUGGACAUGAGAAGGACAGUGUGCUUUAAUCACAGCUGUGAUUGCAGAGAGAGGGGUUGGUGCAUUGCACUAAUGUAUUGGAUUAUUUAUUUUCUUACAAUAUAUUACGACUUUUGUAAGAACACCACUUGCAAAAACUUGUAUAUGUGUUAUUAGCCUGGACUGAAAAGUAUCUGAUGGACACAGAUAUGAUAAUCAAACUAGUUGUUUCUUUGUAAUUACUGUUAAAUUUGAUUAAUCAGUUUUGACUUGACUGUGAAGUCCUCCCUGACCAGAGGAGGGCAACCAUGUGUUGUUGUGUGACCAGUUCUCAGGGAUGUGCUCCAACAUGAAGCUAACCAAACCUGUGAUUAUACAGCGCUGAAGGAGGAUGGUGGAAAUGUGGGAAAUCCUCCGAAAACUGCAUGUUACUCCACUGUGCCAUUGGGAGUGUCUGACAGAUGCUUUCCUCCUUAAAAUCCAUCAUUGUCAACAGUUUGAGUGUAAUAUAUAACGCACACUGAAUGGAUUAUUUUCCCUUUAAAAAAAACAAGUUCUGUUGUGGAUUUUAAAGGAAGUGUUUAUCAGUGAAGUGUGCAUAUAACUCUUCAAGAGAAAAGCAUAUAAUGAUAUAUAAAUACAAUCAUAUUUUGGAAAACGGUUGCUCCCGUUGCAGCAUCGUCAGACCAGUAGUGUGCAGUUGAGUAGUUGUAAUGUUGUGCUCUGCUUCUGCUCUGGAAGUGGCUGCUCUGAGAACAGCUCACUCUGUGUUUAAUCACUGUGCUUUCAUACCAGCCUGUUGAAUUUAGCAGGAACAUCCUUUCUCUUUCUCUCUCGAAAGACUCGGACAAAUAGGAGACAAGGAAUCUGUCUUUGUGUUUACUUCUGUAGUUCCUCCAUUUGAUUUAAAAUCACUCACCAUAAGCUGGGGUGGAAAAGACUGCGCCGUGAUAUAAGUAAAAAUGUCGUGGUGAAUACUGACUUUGAGCCUUAGCUUCACUGUAAAUACAGUCCUCAACAACACAGUAGGCUUUGGUCUUAAGUGUUUAUUUUUGUCUUCCUUGUUUUUCCGCCCUCCAAAAAUUCAUCUGCAGAAAGCAAAUGUGAAGCAUUUUAUGCCCCUGUGUAUGCAUGUAUUACAUAUUGUUGCAGAAGUGUGCUUUGGAUUUGUAGACAUUCGUGUAUUAAAAAAAGAGGCUUGUUUGCA